CAUCACAAAUGACAAUAAAUUUCGAAAUGGCAUUUACUUAUGACAUACUAAUGAGGUUCAUUUGUUCAGUUGAUCUUCGGGUUAUUUAACGCAUUUUAAAACAAAACAAUCCCCCAUUGGUUGAAUGACAAAUGUUGACUCAAGCAAGUGUAAGACAAAUCAACUUCAUUUCCCAUAAUGCAACAGCAGCUGCACCAAAAGCUAACUGGCCAUGUUGAGCACUGAGUGAAUGCUUCUCCUUGAACUUCGAUUGCACUUGAGCUUUUGCUCAAGCUAUUUUGAUACUUUGCAUACAUGUGCACUGGUGUGCUUUAUUGUUAGCUGAGUGUCCAUGAGCUGCAAACCAGCCGGCGGAGUUAGCAACAAUCUUCCGGAAAACAAACAUUCCCUGCUGGACUGUUGUGGAGGUCUCGGCAACAUCGACUACUCCAAGAUGGACUUGAAGGUGUUUGACCAAGUCUUAAAACAUAUCAACGUCCACGACCCCAACUUCCACAUUGCUGUGAUUGCAAUCAUUUUCAACCCACUUUUCUGGAAUCUGGUAGCAAGAUGGGAGCACCGGACACACAAACUGUCCGAGAUGUUUGGAAGCCCCUACCUUGCCUGUUAUUUCCUGGGCUCUGUUAUCCUCCUCCUCAAUGUGUAUCGCAGCCACAGCAUGGCCAUAGUAAUGAAGAGCCAGGCCAAGUGGGAGCUACUAGACAGCAAUGAAGUCUUUCACAUGGGCGUACUUCUGGUGGCGGUGGGCUCUCUCCUUGUCGUCAGCAGCUUUCUCGCUUUGGGAUUCACUGGAACGUUCCUUGGGGACUACUUUGGCAUUGUGAUGGAUGAGAAGGUGACAGGCUUUCCCUUCAGUCUCACAGCAAAUCCAAUGUACUGGGGCAGCACGGCGAACUACCUUGGCUUCGCACUUAUAGGUGCAAGUCCAGCCGGUCUCGUCUUGACUGCAAUUGUCGCCUUGGUCUACAAGAUAGCCAUACGAUUUGAAGGAGCUUUCACCGAGCACCGCUAUGGGCAGAGGACGCGCAAACGUGAAUAAUGGCAUCAUCCUGUUCUGUUGGGCUGUGGGAGGAUUUCUUUCUUUCUUUCACUCUCAUCCAGAAGAUUGUGAGAUGGCGGGCGUUAUUGAUUAACAAGAGAAUUCCAGGGAAAAUGAAUGCUACAAUCUUUUCUACCUAACUAUCAAAGCAUUAGGAAAAUGGAAAUAAAAAUUCUGCUUCUCCCUCAUUAACAAGGAGCUCGCUCGUUUGCCGCAAUGCUGGCCUCACGUA